ACGAGUGAUGAUCAUUGCUGGUGAUGUCACCCUUGAAUGGAUUGGACGCGUUGGGCUACUGGUCUUCAUUUUUGUACAAAUAACGAACCAGUAUCCCCAUCCAAGUGGCUCUUAAUAAGUGUUGACAUGUUCAACUUUAGUCUAGAAACACCACAGAUUCUAGAAUUAAAGGAAAUCCUGGCAGUCUUUACUUUGUGAUGAUUCCUGCACAGUCCACCGAAUGAAUUUUACUCACAUAUUUUUUUUUGCAAGGAGACAAUAUAAGCAAAUUCGUGACUAUGAAGUCACACGAGAAUAAAUAUGAGGGACGUGCAGUCAUGGGUGUUAGGCUUUCCUUAAAUACCUCAUCUUUACCCUUAGACAUUAAUUAAUCCUACAGUAUACUCCAUCUAUCGGUAUUAGUCAAUUGGUAGUUGUCUCCUGACAAGCCCCAGCUCCCAUCUAUAUAAAACACAUUAAAAGAAAAGUGCCAUGCAUGCCCCGGGCUAGUAUAUCACCUCACAGUCUUUUUGAUGCAGACCCAGCUCACAUCACUAAAUUUUAGCUCGUGAUUUUUUCGACAAAUUCGUUUAAUAUUUGACCUUGUACAAAUCAAGAUGUCGUCAACCGGCAAGGGGGACAGUGCUGAUGACGUGACCGCUGGUCCGCCCAAACCGAAAAAGAGGAAGGUGUCCGUUUUGGCCUCUCAUUCAAAAGCAAUUGCUGAACUUCAGUCACUGCCUAAUGAGAUUAGGCAAAUUAAGGAAAUUUUGCUCGGUACGCAAAAUAAUAGCCAACAGAAAUCAGUCGACGUUGUUGACGACACAAUGCAAAGCUUACUCCAACAUGAAAAAGAAGUGAUUGAUGAUUCCACUCUCGUUGACGAUGGACCGACAUCUGAGCUCUUAGAUAUAUUAAAUGAAAGUCAGAUUGAACCGGAAUUUGGACCGGAUUUGCAUGUUAACGUGGCCAGUUCUUUUUCGAAUUUGGGAAAAACAGUGUUAUCUAAAGAGAAAAUCGAAGAAUUGAGGAAACCCUUUCUUACACCAGCUAAUUGCAAACUUCUCGGAGUUCCAAGGGUAAACCCAGAAAUUUGGACCGUAUUGCCUCAAAAAUCAAAGCAAGGAGAUUUCCAAUCCCAACAAAUGUUAACAAUCCUAUCGAGCUCAACUGUUGCAUUGGCUCAUUUAGCAGAAAAAGUGAUGUUGAAUUCGAAAAAGAUGCCCCCAGAGUUGAGUCAAGAUCUUCUGAGGCUGACUAUUCAAGCUGCAACAUUGAAUUCAAAAUUGAGCCAAGAUAUCAAUAUGAAACGGAAGCAGGAUAUUAAGCCUGCAUUAAGCACUGAAAUUGUGGCAGUGUGCAACACGCCAUCAACACCGGAGUUACUAUUUGGAGACAAUGUUUGUGACACCAUCAAGGCCGCCAGAGCAGCUGCCACUGUUAUCAGGACGUCCACAAACCGGAGAGGAUUUUCCCGUUUUUCAAACAGACCCCAAAAUACUUUCACUAAUUCCUCAAGAGGUACAUAUUUAAACUACAAUCGGGCCUCCUACAGCCGAGGGGGCCCGCGAUUCAAUCACAGACAAAACUUCACGCAAUUCAACCCAAGAGGAUCGAUGCUGCGACCUCAAUGGAGACCACCGAGUCGAUCGCAGUAAAUGUAAGCAGGGCAAGAAAAUUAAGUUUAUAUUUAAAAAAUUGGGAGAAAAAUACGAAAGACAAGGAAAUUCUAGAGGCAAUCGAAAAUUUUCGCAUACCAUUUGUGAGUAUUCCAUGCCAAAGUAAUGCACCAGAGCCAUUUCGAUUUUCUGAGGUAGAGUUACCAUAUGCUAGAAAAUGUGUACAAACUUUAUUAGAUACUGGUGCAGUUGUUAAAGUGUUGCCUUGCGAAGGUCAAUUUGUUUCAAGAAUAUUUCUUGUCCCAAAGAAGGAGCCAAAUUCUUACAGAUUAGUGAUCAAUCUUAAAUCUUUGAAUGAGUAUAUUCUAUCUCCUCAUUUUAAAAUGGAAAAUUUAAAAUCAGUUAUUAGUAUUAUAGAAAACAAUUGUUGGAUGGCAACUUUAGACCUAACGGAUGCUUAUCAUGCCAUUCCGGUGCACCCAGAUGAUCAAAUAUUUUUAAGAUUUGAAUUUGAAGGUAUUUUGUACCAAUUUACUUGCCUUGCCUUUGGAAUUUCAUGUGCUCCAAGACUUUUUACUAAGAUAUUUAGACCAAUAAUGGCAUUAUUAAGAAAGAGAAAGUUUAUUUCUAAUCAAUACCUUGAUGAUUUACUUCUAAUAGGUGGAAACAAAUCGGAAUGUUUAAGGAAUAUAAGGUCAACUAAAUGUUUAUUGACUUGGUUGGGUUUCACAAUUAAUGAGAAAAAAUCUAAAUUAAUGCCAAGUCAAGUAGUUGAAUACUUGGGUUUUGUUUACAACUCGAAACUCAUGCAAAUUUCGUUACCUGCACGCAAGGUGACUAAAAUUAAUGACAUUAUUUUGAAAGUUUUACAAAAGGAGACAAUUAAGAUUCAAGAGUUAGCUAAAUUGGUAGGGAAUCUGGUAGCAGCUAGUCCUGCUAUACGUUAUUCGAGUACUUACAUAAGACGCUUAGAAUUGCUGAGAAAUGCAGCAUUAAUUCAAUGCAGUGGCGAUUAUAAUGGAAAAUGCACAAUAAAUGCACAAUGUCGAGCAGACAUUCAGUGGUGGCAGAGAAAGUUGCCAAAUUCAUUUGAAACUAUAAGAUCGGACAGCUUUGUCUUGACGUUGACCACUGAUUCGUCUACGACUGGUUGGGGUGCCCACACUGAGUCACAAGUUACACGAGGUUUUUGGUCAACAGACGAAAAGCUUCUUCAUAUAAAUACACUAGAAUUGAUCGCAGUGAUUAAUGGGUUAAAAUCAUUAUGCUCGAGUUCAUCUGAUUGCAAUAUUCUAGUUCGCAGUGAUAAUACCACCACUAUAGCAUACAUUAAUAAGUUUGGGGGAUGUCGCUCAGAAAUAAAUUUAAAAUGGACUAGAAUCCUUUGGCAAUGGUGUGAGGAAAGAAAUAUUUGGAUAUUUGCAUCAUAUAUCAAAUCCUCGCAGAAUUAUAUAGCGGACAAACAAUCCAGGGAAGAGAUUGAUAAGACGGAUUAUUCCUUAGAUCUGAAAUCCUUUAAUCUUAUUUGUGAUCACUUCGGGACGCCCGAAAUCGAUCUGUUUGCCACCACUUAUUCUGCUAAAUGUACCAGAUUUGCGUCUUGGUUUCCAGAUCCAAAUUCCGAAAUAGUUGACGCUUUCACUUUCCGGUGGUCACAAUAUUUUUACGCAUUUCCACCCUUUUCUCAAAUUUCGCGUACAAUAAACAAAAUAAAACAUGAAAGGGCAACUGGUAUUGUAGUUUUUCCAGACUGGUGUACUCAAACAUGGUAUCCUCAAUUUUCGAAACUUCUAAAAUCCAAAGUUUUGGUUUUACAUCAAAAUACUUAUGAUUUAAAAUCCCCAUAUGAUGAUUCUUCUCAUCCUUUAUGCAGGAAGAUGAAUCUCAUGGCAGCAAUUUUAUGUGGCAAAACGACCAGUACCCCGAGAACGUAACAAAAUUACUCCUUUCAUCGUGCCAGGAUUCUACCUGGAAACAAUAUUCUUCAAAUUUUAAAAAAUGGACGGAAUACUGUACCAUUAACAAUCUCCCAGUUUGGAGGCCUUCAAUUAAUAGUAUUUUAGAAUUUCUUGCAAAACUUCAUGACGACGGAUUAGGGUAUACCUCAAUUAAUUCAAUGAGAUCUUGUCUUUCUACAAUGAUAGGGAAAGUUGACGGGCAAAAUAUAGGGACUCAUCCCGUCGUGUGUCGCCUAUUAAAAGGGGUAGCAAACAGUCGACCCCCCAAACCAAAAUAUGAAAAUACAUGGGACUCUAACUUGGUGCUUCAAUUUUGUAAAAAUUUAGGCGAGAAUUCGAGAUUAAAUAUUAUUGAUUUGUCACAUAAAUUAGUGGCCUUGUUGGCCCUGACCACAGGCCAACGAGUACAAACCUUAUCUGCUAUAAGUGUUCCCAAUAUUAAUUUUAAAAGUGGUUCAUGUGAAAUCGUAAUUUAUGAUAAAUUAAAGUCUAGUAAGCCAGGUAGUACGACAAUUUUAUCCUUACCUAAUUUUUUAGAUAUUAACUUAUGUGUAGUUAAAACCUUGAAAUGUUAUUUAGCUAAAACUAAAGAGAUACGGAAAACAGAUAAACUGUUCAUUUCUACACGAACCCCUUAUGGGGCCGUUUCUCGAGAUACGCUUAGUCGUUGGUUAAAAAUAGUAUUAAGUAAGUCCGGUAUUAAUAUUAAUGUAUACUCAGGUCAUAGUUUUCGUCAUUCUUCUACCUCGAAAGCUCAUGAACGAGGAGUUUGUGUUGAUUCUAUUUAUAAAGCUGCUGGGUGGUGUAAUAACUCCAAAGUUUUUGCUAAACAUUAUCGUAGACCUAUUAUAAACACACACGAAUUUGCAAAUGCUGUAUUGAAUGGCUGAUGAUAUUUAAUAUAAAUGUUAUAAUAAAUGUUGAUUUAAACAUGUAUUCAUAAUUGCUUGUUGUGUAGCAUUUUCUCAUGAAGCUUUGAAUUACUACCAAUUGACUAAUACCGAUAGAUGGAGUAUACUGUAGGAUUAAUUGAUAAUUAUCCGAGGACGGCGCGAAGCGCCGGACGACGGAUAAUUGUAAUUAUCCGAAGUAAUACGGAAUCUUGAGGUAUUAGCGCCUCACCCACCCACCCGAUUGUUCAUUCGAAAAUGUUUUUUGGACUGUGAGGUGAUAUACUAGCCCGGGGCAUGCAUGGCACUUUUCUUUUAAUGUGUUUUAUAUAGAUGGGAGCUGGGGCUUGUCAGGAGACAACUACCAAUUGACUAAUACCUCAAGAUUCCGUAUUACUUCGGAUAAUUACAAUUAUCCGUCGUCCGGCG